UUGGGGAAAAUCCCAAUUCCUUUUUGCUCCCAUUUCCCCUUCACUUCAUAUAAAUAAAUCCCUCUCUCUCUUUCUCUCUCUCUCUCUCAAUCUCUCCCAUGGCUGGUGGCUGAAGAACCCCAAAUCAGAUUCAACAAAUCCACAUCCUAAUCUUCAACUAAUUCCCCCAUUUUCAACUUCAUUUCAUCAAACCCACAACAACUACAUUCUGAACAUUUCAACUAUAAUCUCGUUAUCUCUCUUGUUACUAUGAAGGAUUUUCCUUCUUGUUUCGGCGAAAAUGGCGUCCAAAUUGCAGAUUCAUCAUCAUCAUCAUCUUCCAGUAUCUCCAAAGCCGCUCAAAACUUAGUCACCUGCGUCUACCAGUGCAAAUUACACAGUCAAUUAAGCUUCAUCGUCUUAACAUGGACCAAGCAUUUGAUGGGACAAGCCCUCUCUCUUCAGAUCCAAAAUUCCGCAAAUCAAUCCCUCUGUAAACUCGAUAUCAAGCCAUGGCUGUUCUCCAAGAAGAAAGGUUCUAAAAUUUUCGACAUCCAUUCCACCAAAAUGGAGAUACAUUGGGACUUAACAAACGCUAAAUUCGGCUGUGGACCAGAACCAGAGGAAGGAUUCUUCGUCGCUGUAGUAUUCAAUCGAGAACUCAUAUUCUUCGUCGGCGAUUCACCAUCCGAAGCUUCAAAGAAAACGGCGGCUGCUUCCACCGCAGCGGCGGUGUUUGUGGCGAGGAGAGAACAUGUAUUCGGGAAGAAAUUGUACUCGGCGAAGGCGCAAUUCAGCGAGAAAGGGGAAACGCAUAAUGUAUCGAUUGAAUGUGAUACAAGUGGGGGUUUGAAGGAACCGAGUCUGGUGAUACGAAUUGAUAGCAAAACGGCGAUGCAGAUCAAGAGAUUGAAAUGGAAAUUUAGAGGGAAUGAUAGGAUUGUGGUGGAUGGGAUUCCGGUAGAGGUGAUGUGGGAUGUUCAUAAUUGGUUGUUUGGGAAUUCUGGUGCUCUGAGUAGUGCUGUGUUCAUGUUUCAAACACACAAGAGUAGUGGAAGCCAUAGCCAAUCAUCAUCAUCAUCAUCAUCAUCAUCAUCAUCUCUCUUAAAUUCUUCUUCCUCAUCUUCUUCAUCUUCUUCUUCAUAUUGUCAACAACAGAUUAAGGAUUCAAAGUUGCAAGGUUUAGAUUUCUCCUUGAUUUUAUAUGCUUGGAGGAAUGAGUGAAUGAAUACAGAAAAUAGUUUUAUCAAUCACCGAUAAACAAAGUGGAUUUGGGUUAUAAAUUGUUUGUACACCUUAAUUAAAUGGGGUGUGUUUGUGUUA